UCAACAUGGCGGACGAUCAGUAGCGAAUUUCUUGCCACAGCAAUAAUUUUAAGAUCCAUCAAAGAACAAAAUGCUUCAGCAUUGAGCGUAGCUUUCUGAAAAAUGCUUACUCCUGUAUUCGAACUUAGCCAAGACGAUGAGUUUGUUUGUGUGAUGAUCAAGACCCCAUAUGUCAAGAUUGCUGAUGUCGAUUUCUUCAUCAAUGACACAGAAUUUAAAUUUUAUGUCAAGCCAUACUUUCUGAGGCUUAAUUUACCAGGAAAGAUUACUGAAGAUGGAAGGGAGUCUGCAUCUUAUGAUGUUGAGAAAGGAACAUUUUCAAUAAAGCUUCCUAAGCUCCAUGCUGGAGAGACCUUUGAGAACUUGGAUCUGUUAACAACUUUACUAGCUCCUAAAAAGAAGGCCUCUUUAAAUGUUAAGCCUCUCAUUGAAGUUGUUGGAAGUGAUACCAUAACAGAAGUUGAUGACCAAGAAGAUGAGAGCAACAGUGAUGAGGAAUUUGACUGGGAAUUUGAGCAACAUUUACCUCAGGAUAAUGCAGAAAUUACUCUUGGUGUAACCAAAUAUGGAUUUGCCAACCAAAAGGGUGGAAUUUUUAAAGGCAGAGAGGCAGAGCUUCUUGAAAUAGCUGAAAUAACUGAUCCUGAUUCAAUGGCACCAAGUGAGAGACGAGGAAACAGGCAGGCAGCUGAAGAUGCAAAGUUUGAUGAGGAAUAUUAUUUGGCAGAUUAUUUCAAUGUUGAUCAAAUUCAACAUCUCUUGGAUUACAAGCCUCCUUGGGACACUUACUUGCAACAGCACAAAGAAAACUCUUUUGAGGAUGAGGCAAAGUAUUCAAAUGAGCAAGAAGAGAAAACAGUUCAGUUUACAGCUGAAGAGAAAGACCAGCUGAGAAGACUUCCAAAUAAAGAUUACCUUUUUGAUGACAAAGAAGAGUUACUACUAUUCCUUGGCCUUGUUGAUAUCAUCUUUGCUUAUGCUUAUAAUCAUCGCACCACAGAAGGAGAGAACACGGUGGAAUCGCCUUGGACCAUUUCACGAAUUAGCUCCACGUUCUCAUGGUUUGAUUCGUUUAGCAGCAUCCAUGAUGUCAUAAUUUCUUGUGCCCGCCGAUCUUUAUCGUAUCCUCUCUAUCGACACUGGUCUUUGGUCACUGCAGUUGUUGAAGACACCAAAAGAAUAUUUUCCCUGGGUCGUCGACAGCUAUUGAGAUGUUUACUGGAACUCCAUGCCCUGUGUCGGGAAGACGACCCUUGGUUUCUGUUAAAUGAUCUCUAUUUGACUGACUACUGUGUCUGGAUUCAAAAAGCUAGCCGAAAGAAGCUUUCUUCUUUGGCGAGAAGCCUCGAACAGGUUCAGAUAAGUAAAGGUGACUUGUCUUGGCAGUUAGAAGAACUGGAACUGGCUGCAUGUUUGGUUCAAAAAGAGGAGGAGAAAACUGAUUCCGUUGAAAAUUUAUGCGAUACACGUGAAACUGAAAGCGACGAUGAGAGCUCCGAAAGUGGGGACGAUGAUGAUACGAGCGACGACGAAGGUGACGACGACAGCGACGGUGAUAGCGACGACGAAGAUGACGUAGGCAACAAGGACGACGAUUACGUGGACGAUCUCGACGAAAGAAAUGAAGAAAAAAAUUCUGCAACUGUUGUUGAGAGAGAGAUUUCAGAGGCUGGUCCUUUACUGAAUAAGGAGAUUAAAAAGGAUUCAAAUUAAACUCCUAUCAGUUACAAUUCUGCUGAUCUGCAAAGAGGAUUUUGGUUACAGACAUUGACAACAGCUGUUGGUCGCACGACUCUCCGCCCCUCCCCCUCGGAGUCCCACAAAUGUCUAGCCAGUUUCACAAUGGCCAGGAGUCGAUGGAUCUGCGAUAAACUUUGAUCAUUAGUCAGCAUUAAUCUGGACUGACCCGGUUCAAAUUUCUUUCGUUGAAAUGGCAAUCGAUAACACCCACAAUCUUAAAACAAUUUGAACCACGCAGUGUUAAGUGUCUAUUGUUCGGGUCCUGACAUCAAAACAAAGAAAGGUUAAUUUUUUGAAAAUUAUAGAUAUUUAGUUAUUUAUACAACACAUACAAGUUAUAGUUCUAACAUAUAUCAUUACUUAACUUAACUUACGAGGCUUACAUUUCUUACGUAACAGGGAUAACUAACAGAACUAGUCUUCAGUCGAACCGGUAUUCAGCGACACCGUAUGAAGCGGUCAUACUGUAUAAGCAAUGGUUGCCAAAGUCCCUAAUUUGUUUCCCCUCAAUCACUAUAAUUUUCACCUAUGUUAAACUGUUGCGGUCACCCUUUACCAAAUUCCAACGAUCUGAUUGUAUUGUCUUCCACCUGUAUUAAGCGGUCACUUACAGCCCAACCACUCAAACUGAGAAUAAUCUUUCAAGUAAUUUACAAUCUAUGUUUCUCUUCCAAAAUCAAAGUAAGUAAGUAGUAUUUUUGAGCGAGAUUUUGUACAUUGAGUGGUCAACUUUGGCAUAAAAUGGCGUUUUGUACCGUGUUUUAUAAUACCCCUUAUCUGUAGAACCUGUAUUAAGCGGUAAACCACUCCUCGUGGGUUACCGCCUAUUACAGGUUGGACUGUAGUUUACCCAGCGAACACUGAUAUCCAACAUGCACCUACAACGGAUAUACUUUCACGCCUUAACAGAUAUACAUUACUCGCGCAGGCUACUGUUAAUUUUGAAACAACUCAGGUCUGGCUAGUUACAUAGCAGCAAACAAUGAUUGGAUCUGUGAUGGCCUUCGAUAGCAUUUGUAUAGUUAUCUAUAGUUGUAUAGUUGUAUUGUUAUCUAUUUGCCGGUAGAUAACAUCAAAAAUCUUAGAAAACUUGAAUGACAAAAAACUUCAAAGGCCCCGUUGCUCAGAUCGUACCCUCAAGUCGGAGAGGGCUCGUACGGACAUUAAAAGCAGAAACAAGCUCGCUCUACUGCAUCGUGCAGUCCCUUUUUAGGCCCUGCAGAUUCCCCCCAGUUCAGAUUUGCAGUUAGAACUUGGCAGCGCUGAGUUUGCUCUUACACCACGCUUCGAGAAGAGUAACUUUGGUGAGAUCGGGAAAAAUUUCAAAUUUUUUUCAAGGCUCAUUUUAAGCUGUCAACGACUAAAAUCCUGAGGUAUAUCUGUUCUCACUGACCAAAAAUAAAGGCUGAUAGACUUCACGCA